UGCUUAGUGCUUUGUGUGAGAGCUUGGCCUAAUCGAGCAACCGUAAAUCUUUAGGCCUUUAGGGUUCAAUUCAGAUCAUAACAAAUAUCACGUAGAUCCCAGAAUCUACGUGGUUUUAUACUACAUUAUACAAAAUAGUUACUAGUUGCCCCUCGUGUACCGUGGGACCCAGCACGUACUGUACUGCAACUGUACACCGUACAAUCAAGCUUAUACAGAGUGCAACUCCAUCUAGUGAACAAAAAAAUUAAAACUGGCGUUUCUUGAAUAUAAAUCUGCUAUGGCCCCUGCGGUCCCCGCCCGACCUGCCUGGUUGGGCCUACCUAAUUAUUGUUGGGAGGACCCACCUAAUUGAACAGUUUUUGUUAAUUGAUGGAACCUGAGGAGUGAUUUUUUAGUCUAGUUGAACCAACAAGAAAAUUCCUACUGUAUCUAAACCCUUCUCUCCGUUAUGCAUAUAAUGGAACUAAAGUAUGAAUGGAUGAAUGAAUGAGUGAGUGAAUUAAGCGACCAGCGCCAUCGAGUCGCCACCCCUUUCAUGGGACUAAAACACUUUCAGUUAUUUUCAUUUUUAUAACUUUUCUACAAAAUGGAGACGAAACUACUUUUAGAUUGUACCAAGCGGAUGCCAGAACAAGAUGAAAGUUGGCUACCGGCUGGCUGGCUGAACAACACCUGUUUAAGUAAACAAUCCAGAUCUGGUGUUGUGGACUGGCUGAUUCAGGUUCAACAAUAUCUGGGUUUGGCUGACACCUGUCUCCAUGCUGCUGUUGCCACCAUGGACCUUGCUCUCUACACCGUAGACUGGGACCCUGAGGAGGUUCAACUCCUUGCCCUCGCCUCUCUUCAGCUAGCUGCUAAGAUGGAAGAGGACACGCCCCCCGGCCCCGCCCUUUUCCUACCACUAGCAGGGGAUAUCUAUGCCAAGGAAGAUUUGGCUAGAAUCGAAAUGGAGCUCUUGCAGGCUUUGAACUGGAAGAUUAGACAGACUACAGCUUCUGUAUUCCUUCACUUCUACUCUGACCUAUGUGGGAAAGGUUUAAAACCUUUGUUUAGGAUGGCUCGAGCUAUCCUAGACUUAUGCCUACUCCAGGACUGGUAUGGGUGCGAGAAACCAAGUACGCUUGCGUCAGCUUGUCUUGCUGCUGCCGGCUGUGUCUUGGGUCAGCCCUGGUCGGAGGAGAUGACGCAAGUAACUGGUUUUACGCAAACUGAGCUAGCUCCUACACUUAGACUUACGCUUUCCGCUGCUCUAGAAGAUCAGGGUGAUGGUUUUGUUGAGAAGUCUGGUAAGGUUGGCAGGAACAUCUGCAAGCUCAAGAAUGGAAUCCAGGGACUAGUUCAUGGACUUGAUCAAGGAGCCAGAGAUACUAGAGCAGGAUAAGGAGCUACUUGGACCUAGGAGCCAUUAAAAUCCGUUCAGAGCUACUUACACUUGUAAGGAACUAGGAGCUUGUUGAACCUGUUCGUAGCUAAAAGCUACUGAAAUCAGUAAGGAGCUAAUAGCUACUGAGACCAUUAAGUAGCUAAAAGCUACUGAAAUCUGUAAGAAGCCGGAAGCUACUUAUAGCAUUAAUAAGGAGCUAAGAGCUUCUUAUGUCCUGUAAGGAGCUCUAAGCUGAUUGACACUCUUUGAAACUCCUUGAACGAGUUUGUAGCUUUAAGAUCCAACGUAUGCUUUACUCGACACUUGUCUCGCCUCGUACUCAUUAGUAGAAAUAGUAGAUACUAGAUACUAGA